AUAACAACAAUAACAACAAUAACAACAAUAACAACAACGCAGUCAACAUUGUUCUAGUGACCGUCCAACGCACGGUGAUAAUAAUCGUCGACGGCCAGGCGCAGCAGCGGGGGCGGGGGCCGGAGCAGAUGGUGACCAAGACACAGACGAUGGGAGAAGAGGGCGCUGGGGCAACGGCUACGAAAUAUGUGACGAACGGCCAAAUUGAGUACAUCACCGAGACGCUUGUGGGUACCGGUAGCGGUACCGCGACCGAGGCCACAGCGACAGCGGAGGCCGUGCUGGAGGCAGAGAAGAAAGUAGCCGAUGCAGCAGCAGCGGAAGAGGCAGCGGCUGCGGAGUUAGCGGAUGCGGUGGCCGCUGGAGAUGCGAAAGAGGCGGCGGCCGCCAAGGAGGCUGAGGACGCGGCGAAGGCGGCAAAGCUUGCGGCGGAGGAGGCGCUGAAGCUCGAAGAGGAGAAGGCGGCUGCGAGUGCGCAGGACCCGGCGCUGGCGGAGCUGGAACAGAAAGUUGCGGACGAGGUGGCGAAGGAGAAGACUGCCGCGAUGCAGGCGGAGGAGGCGCUUGCUGCUGGGGAUAAAGAGGCGGCGGCCGCGGCGAAGGUGGCGGAAGAGGAGGCGAAGGCGGCGAAGGAGGCGGCACAGGCGGAACUCGCCGCUGGGGAGAAGAAGCUCGCCGAGGAUGCCGCGGCAGCACCAGCCGCCGGAGAGCUUGCGCAGACAAUUGAGGACGAGGCUGCUAAGGAAGCGGCGGCGGCGAAGCUGUUGGAGGAGGCGCUCGCAGCUGGCGACGAAGAGGCGGCGGCUGCUGCAAAGCUGGCCGAGGAGGAUGCGAAGGCGGCAAAGGAGGCUGCACAGGCAGAACUCGCCGCUGAGGAAGCCGCGGCCGCCGAUCCCCCAGCGGCAGAGGAUCCAGCUGCGGCUAAGAAGGCUGCGAAGGAGGCGGCAAAGGCCGCAAAGAAGGCUGCGAAGGCGCAGGAGAAGGCCGCCAAGGAGGCUGCUAAUGACCAUACUGCCGCUGCUGACAAGGCUGCCAAAGAAGCUGCCGCUGCUGAGCAGGCCGCUGCCGAUAAGGCUGCCGCCGAUAAUGCCGCUGCAGAUAAUGCCGCCGAAGAGGUAGCUGCCGAAGCUCCCCCAGCUGCUCACGAGCCCCCAGCCGCCGAGGCCCCGCCCGCCGCCGAAGAAGCUCCCGCAGCUGCUCAUGAGGCUCCUGUCGCAACUGCUCCCCCGGUCGCAGCUGCGCACCCCAUGUAACCUGCCACUUUAGCGACCAUUAUUUCCUUCUGUUCGAGUCAUGUCAUGUAUCUGUGUUUGAGCAUUCUUAUUGUGUAAUCUAUCUAAACGGGAGGAAAAGGUUGGAAUCGGAUUUGGAAAUGGACUUGAAAUUGUACGACCAUAGGUGGCGUCUGGUAACCUGCAUAUGUGAGACGUCUGAGAGUUCUAUGUAACGUGCAAGGCCUGUUUGGGGGGUGCGUCGAACGCCGCAUUGAGACUGUCACUCGAUAUCCGCUACCCGCCGGCUGU